ACAGGUGAAUGGACAUGACUUCUCCCGCGGGGGUCAUGAGGCUGCCGUGGAGGCGCUACGGAAGGAGCCCAUCGUCGUACAGGUGCUGCGGCGUAACCCUGGCAACGGACGCAACCACGGCAACAUGCAGGAAGUGUGCGUGGUGGACGUGUGCACGCAGACAGACAUCACCUUUGAGCACAUCAUGGCGCUUGCCAAGCUCCGCCCUGCCACGCCACCCGUACCCGAUAUAUGCCCCUUCUUGCUCUCCGACAGCUGUCACUCCAUCCACACCAUGGAGCAGGAGUAUUUUGAGUGUCCAGAGUAUCUGUCCAAUGGGCAAACAGAGGUGGAGAGGACAGAAGAAUUUGAGUAUGAGGAGGUGGAGCUGUGUCGACAUAACAGCCAGGAGAAACUUGGCCUGACUCUGUGCUACAGAACAGACGAUGAGGACACGGCAAUCUACGUCAGUCAGGUGGGGCCCAACAGCAUCGCCGCCAGAGAUGGACGCAUCAGGGAGGGAGACAGAAUACUACAGAUUAACGGCCAUGACGUGCAGAACAAAGAGGAAGCAGUGGCUCUGCUUUCCAGUGAGGAGUGCAGGAGCAUCGUGCUGCUCGUGACCAGACCAGAGAUACAGAUGGAGGAGGGCUGGCUUGAUGAGGAGCACAGUGAGUUCCUGGAGGAGCUGAAGAUGGAGAUUCUGGAGGAGCAGAGGAAAGAGGAGAGCCAGCAGAUGGCUUCUCAGGAGCAGGAAGGCCUCUCCACAGAGCCAGGUACCGGCUCCCCAUCCAAGCCCAGGGACCAGAGUAGAGGACUGGACCAGGGGAACCAGCACACUGAGGCGUCCCAAACCUCCGCCGCUCCUCGCCGGCGCUCCCCCCAGCGCCGUCUCCGGGACAGAAUCGGGGUGUCCGAACCCCGCCUGAGCACAAGCCUUCCCCGAUCUGGCUUGAGCCGGGACAGAGAACCCAGUCCGGGUUCAGGUUUGGAAUUGGGAUUGGGAUUGGGAUUGGGAUUGGGUUCUGAGCCAGUCCAGCGGGUCGAACGGGUCGAGCGGGACCACUUCCAGCAGCUGCUGGAGCUGAAGUGUCAGAUCCGUAACCGGGGGGAGUGCGGCCUCUACUACAGCCGGUGCAGCAGCACCAUGGAGUACAGCGUGACGGAGCAGCCCGGCGGCGGGGUGGAGCGCGAGCUGAGGAUGCUCAACGAGGAGCUCCACAGCAUUGAGCUGGAGUGCCAGAGCAUCAUGCAGGCCCACCAGCUCCGCCAGACCCAGAGCGAGUCCAUCGACUACAGCCACUCCUGCGCCACGUCGCCGGCCUCCAGCAACGGGGGCCAGCGGGUGGGGAAGGAGGCGCGGCAGCCCCGGGGCAAGCUGGCGGACAUCCGCGAGCUCCCGGAGAGGUGGAACAGCGACAAGCUGCGGGACAAGGACAGCUCGAGCGCGUACAACACGGCGGAGAGCGCGCGCUCCACGCCACUGGGCACGGAGAGGUCGCCGGACCACUCGCUGCAGAGACGCGUGAACCUGACCAACCUCAAGAACCUCCACGGGAGCGCGCACAACUCCCCGGCGCACAUGCACGCGCGCGUCCACACGCACCACGCUCACACGCUGCCCGCCCUCUCGAGCCACUCGACUCGCCCCACCCAGGUCCCCUCCACCCCGGGGAGCCCCAACCGGGCCCUCCCUGCUCCCCCAGCCACCACCACUAACUCCUCCAGCCUGGACCAGAGCCCCAGCAACCCGUCCGAGUCGGAUCCGGCGCUCCCGGCCGACGACGAGCGUUGCGAGCGCAAGAGCAGCCAGCGCCAGCGGCAGCGGCCGCAGCCGGUGUGGCACGCGUCCCCUUACCACACGACAGGCGGUGCGCCGAACACACACACCGGCGCCACUCGCAACUACCAGAGCUACAUGCAGCUGCUGCAGCAACACUCCUCGUCCUCGCUGGAGUACUCCCAGAGCCAGCUCAGCCUGCUCAGUCUGCGGCCCGCUAGGCCCGGCGAGCCCCGGCUGGAGUUUAAGGUCAAAGUUCGCGCCGACGGCACGCGCUACGUAGCGCGGCGGCCCACCCGCGACCGGAUCCUGCGGGAGCGCGCGCUGCGGAUCCGCGAGGAGCGGAGCGGCGGCAUGACGACGGACGACGACGCGGCCAGCGAGCUGAAGAUGGGCCGCUACUGGAGCAAGGAGGAGCGCAAGCAGCAGCUGGCCAGAGCCAGGGAGCAGAGGAGGAGGAGGGAGUUCAUGCAGAGGAGCCGGCUGGAGUGCCUGAAGGAGACCGGGGGAGGUGCCAGCGGAGCGCCGGAGGGCCGCAAGGAGGUCAACAUCCUGGAGCUGAGUCAGAAGAAGAUGAUGAAGAAGAGGAACAAGAAGAUCCUGGACAACUGGAUGACCAUCCAGGAGCUGAUGACGCACGGGGCACGGGUGCCUGAGGGGACCAAAGUCCACAAUGCCUUUCUGUCCGUUACCACAGUGUAGGAGACACACACACACACACACACACACACACACACACACACACACACACACACACACACACACACACUCACACUCAACAUCUCAAAUGGACAAAUCAAGCAUUUACAUGCAUACAAACACACUGACACGCACACACACACACAUACUCUUUCCAUAUACUAAUCUUACGCAGUAUACUGCAUACAGGAUAGUGCAUCGCUCUUCUGCCGGUGUGAGACCAACUUGCCUCGUUGAAUGUGGCCAUUUUGUUUGUUCGUUUUUCAUAAGGGGAAGAGAGAGAAAGAGAGAUAUUUUUCAUGUUUUAAGAACUAAAUAUCAUUUUGUACAAAGAAACAAAAACAUAGACCUUUUUUCAUCACCGAAAAUGAACCACAACCUGUUCUGACCGGACUACGUCUUUUUGUACUGGGAUGAUUUUUAAUCUUUGUACCAUAAUGCAGUACCUCCCUGCUCUGUGUAGGAAAGAGACUAUGACUGUGUGAAAGGGUUUCAAACAGCAGAAUGUUUUGUCUAAUGUACCUUUUCUUCCCUUCAUACAUGAUGUCUUUAGAAAUGUCAACUUCUCGUAGAAAUUUCAACUGCAUACUUGAACCUUAAUAUCAGGAGUUUUCUUUCCUCAACUGCAGAUGUUCAUUUCCUCAUGUUGAUAAACUUGUGUUUUUUUUUCUGAUAGCACUGAAAGGUAGCACUGAUAAAUUAUUACUCAACAAGAAGGGAAUCUGCACUAUACUUGACACUGAACAAAAACAACGUUGCUGAGAUCAUUUAUGGGUUAACGUUUAUGUUUAUGUUUAAGUUACGUGGGUUUUAAGUCCAUACUGACUUCAUGUAACAGUUUGUAGGUAUUGUAAAUUAAUUAAUUAUUUAUUUUCGUUUAUUUGGAAAAGAUGUUCUUUUCUCUGAUGGACUUUAUUUAACAGAUUAAAGUAUUCACUCUUAGCCCAUGACCUGGGUAACAUGCAGACUCAUGGAUGCUAGAUGUAGGGAACAUUGACUAAAUGCAGUAUGUACUACUCUUGGGGAAGAACACAAGGCUUAGUUGGCUGUUUCCAUACAAGAACCAGUUGUGUCUACUUGGAAUCCCACAAUGAGUUCUUUGUAAAAGC